UCUCAUUUCUCUUCUUCUUUUAAAUUUAACAUUGAGAAAUUUCUUCAAAGUUACACAAAAAAUAACGAACGAAUCGUCGCAAAGGAAAAGAUAUGUCUCUCUCCAGUUGCAAGCAAGAAUUAAAUGAGCUAUCCAAAGUAGCACGAAGAAAUCUACUUCGCUUUCUUUUAUUCCUUGUUUUUGUAAAUACCUACGUUACGCUUGGUGCAUUUUUAUUUUUUUAUAUCGAAGAGUGUUACGAUGUGAUUCCGGUUUCUUUAACUGAAGCUGAAAUUAAUCUGAAAGCAAUUUGUUUUAACAUCACCAACAAACAUGCAAAUUUAAACAGCUCAUUACUGUCUUAUGAAAGUGAAUUUUGCCAGAGUAUAUAUCACCUGGAAAAUCCUACUUGUAAGAUGGACCUUUUUGCAUUUAGCAGGUGGGCAAUGUAUACUUCCUCCGUUGCUAGCACCAUAGGUUAUGGAAAUGUUGUCACCAGGUCGGAUACCGGCAAAAUAGUUACUAUGAUUUACGCCAUACCUGGGAUUGCAUUAACUGCUGGGACAUAUCUCCCAGCAGCCCGUGGAUUGAUUGCUAUGACAAAAUACUUUUUAAUUGUAUUUGAAAUCAGCUUUCUAAAAAGAAAAAAUAUCAAGCUGUUUCCCAUAAAAGUCUUUGUUAUCCAAACAUGUCUUGCCAUCUUACUAAUGUUGUGGUGUAGUUUACUAAGCACUUUAAAACAAUUAGAGGGAUUCUCGUUACUAAACUCGAUCUAUUUUUCAUUUAUAUCUCUUACAACCAUUGGUUUUGGCGACUAUUAUUAUAAGUAUGAAAGGUAUAUUAAACAGCCGUGGUUGUUUUUCCCUGCAAUGCUUUCAUUCUUCUCCGGCAUGGGUAUGUUUGCUUCAGUAGUCUCAAGUCUUGGUGAUGUGUUGUCAAGUUAUUCCACUAAUGAAAAGAAGAAAAGAAAGUACACUGUCACUAAUGAACAUGCAACGAAUUAGAUGAAGAUGAAUCAGUUUUAUUUUUAUGUGAUCCUUAAGUGCAAACUUGUAUUAUGGUAAAAUAUUAUAAUUCGGAUCGAUUUAUGUAUAUAUUCACAACAGUGUCUGGCGUAGAGUGUGUCUAGAUAUAACAUUGACUCCAAAGAGUAACACAAUUUUUAUUUAGUCAAAACAAUCAUAUAUUUUUUCUGUAUAACUGCAGGUGUUAAGCAUGUUUACAAACAUCACUAUUUAAACCAGGCGUAGAACAAUAAUAUCUCGU